CAUUAAUGAUUGUGUUGAGUGACAGUCCAUGCAGAAGAACUGGAAAAUGGGAGACUUGUCUGAUUUUGAAAGAGGGCAGAUGUCGGUGCGCAGUUAGCUGGAACAUCAAUAAUAGGAACUGCCACAUUAUUAGGUGUAGAGAGAGCGAAAGUUUCUAAGGUUAUGUCGGCAUACGCGAAUCACGGGAAGAUAACAUUAGCGAAGAGGAACAGUAGGCGAAAAUCAACACUGACAGAAAGAGUGUCAUAUAUUGAGAAGGAUUGUUUCAAAAAAUCACAGAACUACUGCCACAAAGGUGAAAGGACAGAAGAACUGAAUAUUCGUCUUGAAGACCAUGUUUCUGCAAAAACUGUCCAGCAUGAGCUUCACAAAUCCAGCAUCCGUGGUAGGGCUGCUAUUGCCAAACUUCUUGAUUUCUGAAAAUAAUGCACAUACAUAAAUGAUGGUGUCAUGACCAUAAAACCUGGACAUCAGACAACUGGAAAUGCACGUGUGGUAUGUUCAGAUGACUCAUUCUUCACGCUGUUCCCUGCAUCAGGAAGCCUCUUGAUUUCUGAAAAUAAUGCACAUAUAUAAACGAUGGUGUCAUGACCAUAAAACCUGGAUAUCAGACAACUGGAAAUGCAUGUGUGGUAUGUUCAGAUGAGUCAUCCUUCACGCUGUUCCCUGUAUCAGGAAGAGUUGGCGUUUGAAGAACACCUAAGGAUGCCUGGUUCCAACAGUGAAACACAGGGGAGGUUAUGUAUACUCCAAGAUGUUCCACAUUCUCAGCUGAUGUCAACAGCCCCACAUACGGAAGAUGAGACUGCAACUGAUGCACUGCACAUCAGUGAUAGCUGUGUAAAGCGUCUGAAAGAAAUUGCAAGUGAUGGUAGCUUUUUGCGGGUUAUGGUUGAAGGAGGCGGUUGUUCAGGUUUCCAGUAUAAAUUUGACCUGGAGAAGAGUAUCAAGGAUGAUGAUGUUGUCUUCAACAAAAAUGGCGCACAAGUUGUAAUAGAUGAGACGUCACUGGAAUAUGUACGAGGCUCAACAAUUGAAUAUCAUCAGGAGCUGAUACGAUCAGCCUUUCGGAUAGUCAACAAUCCUCUCGCAGAACAGGGCUGUUCCUGUGGUGCUUCUUUUUCUAUUAAAGUAGACUAAAUAAAAAACAAUGUAUUGUUUCAUUAUUUAUUUGUACUUAUAUAUUCAUUUAAAUUAAAAUGUAUAUACUUGUACAUAAUAAAGCACACUUUUUAAUAAUAUGUAUAACUGUAUAUAAAAAUUAAGUAAAAAUCUUACCAUUAUUUAACCUAAAUUAUUUUAUCAUGCUGUAGUAAUUAUUUUAAAAGACUAAUUUUCUAUUUCUCCUUAUGUAUUCAUGGCUCUGUCCUAAAAUCUGCUUUGCAUAAGUAGCCUGAGACACUUGGAAUGAUAUGAGAAAUAUAAAGUGAGUGUACUGUUCUGCAUGUAACUCUCCUGGACAAAUGAAAAAUGAAUAUAUAAGUUAUGUUUCUUUUUGGAACAUAUGUAGUACAUACCAAUAACAAAUUGUAUGUAAAUUAAUGCAGUAACAGAAAUGUUACAAAAAUGUCCCCCGUAAGGAGAAAAAAUUUGAUCCAGAUCAUGCAAAUUUUUCAUAUCAUAGCCCAUUACUACCUACAAAAAAUAACACCCAUUUAGGAGUAAAAUGAUGCAACACAUGAAGUAUCCUACAGCAUAUCUUAGAAUCUGUAUAGGAUGUGUGAAUUUGGCCAAUCCCCAAAGCACUCAUCAUUAGCUUGGUCUGUUUUAUAGUUCGAAGGAUUAGACCUUGUAGGUUUCAGUAACACUAUUAACAAAUAUUUAACAUGUCAUUACUUAAAUUUUAUUUAUCAUAAACUUAGCUAUAUAGAACCUAUCUCUUCUACACAAAUUGUAAUAUUCCAUACUGAUUUCAAGAUAGUCUGCUGAAUACUUCAUGUUCCAUCUGUAUAGAAAACUCUGAAUGCUGGGUAGGAAUAAUGUGGUUUGGUUUUCUUAAUACACUAAGUUUCAAUCACUCCAUUUGUGUACAUAUAGAAACACAUUUGGUUUGAAGCCAUGUAAAACAGAAGAGCCCUUCUUCACCACUUAAUCACUACUACUGUUGACAACCGGUUACAUAAUACUGUUUGGAAUUAAUAUCACUGAUCGUAUGAACAUGUCUUGAGAUUCUGUUACAAUGCAUGGAAAAGAAAAUAAUGUCAAUUAUCAAUAUUUGUAUUAGUAAAACAGAUAUUACUCUAUAAUACUAUGAUAUGUUUUGCUGCUUCUGUUAGUACUUAUUUUUCAGUAACACUUAUUGUUUUUCCUCAUAUAGUAAUUUAUACAAUUAUUUCUCUGAAGAUGUGAAUGUUUCAGAAUAAAUGUUUUAUGAAAUUCUGUACAAUAAUUUUGACAUUCUUAUGAUAUAUAUGCAGACAUAAUGAUGAUGAAACCUGAUUAUGUGAAUCAUAUUACAAAUAUAACCAGUUUAUGCAAUGAUAAUUUGAGUAAUCAAGCUCCUUUCUGACAUAUUUUCUCCACUGAGCUUCAGGCAUUGCAAGGGCUGUGAAGAGGGCUAGUUAUUUUGGAGAGAAAUGGCAACACAGUAAGCACUGUACUGGCAGCAUUGGGCUGUCAUGUGAUACACCAGCAUCUGUUUUUGGUACUAUCAGUUAUGAGUAAACAUCAAUGAAAGGAAGUGUACCGAGUUUUGUCUGCUCAUGCUAUGGGAUGAUAAACAGAGUCAUGUAUCAAACAACAGUGUGCAAUCAGGUUUUUUGUUCACUUCAGGAAAACUUGUACAGAAACAUUCUGCAUGAUGCAAGAAUCUUAUGGCGAGGGAAGCAUGAUAUGUGGUAGUGAUUUAUGUUGGGAUAACCAUUUUUCAUAGUUGAUGAGCAUCAGGCAGGAUGCUAUUAAACCUCCUGAAAUAAAGUUUUGUUGAAUACAGUGGCAGUUAUUGUUCAAGAUGACUGAUGCAUCAUUGUCCACAAACUCUGAAAUGCAUUAUCUGUUUCAGUACAUAAUCCAUAUGCAAUACUGCAUGCUGAUUUAAAGAUGAAAAGAUGGUGCUGCUGUUGGCCCUUCAAGUUGCUAAUGUUUGAUCAGAGUACUAAGUGUUUGUCAAGAACUUAAACGAAGAAC